AUGGUCGAGACCCGCCGGACGUCGCGUCGUCUUCAAGCGAAGGCAGAGGCGGAGGCCGCCAAAAUGAGCUCAGAUCCGUCUCCAAUGAAUUCUCCGUCUGGACGUUCUAGUGUCUGUAAUUUGUGUCGUUCACCAUCACCACAGAAGAAUCAGGAACCGAAACAAGAAGAAGAAAAGAAGAACGAGACGAACGAGAAGGAAAAGAACGAAAAGGAAAAGAACGAAGAGGACGAGAACGAGAAGGACGAGAAGGAAAAGAACGAGAAGGAUGAGGAGGACGAGAAGGAAAAGGAGAAGGACGCGAAGGACGAGAACGAAAAGAACGAGAAGGACGGGAACGAUAUGGACGAGAACGAUAUGGACGAGAACGAGAAGGACGGGGAGAACGAGAAGGACGAGAAACAGACGGAAACGAUACAGUUGGUGGAGAAGAAGAAGAAGAAGAAGAAGAAAGAAGAAGAAGAAGAUGUGGAUCAAUAUGCUCUCCUCGCUGCAUCGGGGUUGAAUCUAUCGACAAAGACCAAUAAGCCUUCAUCAUCUUCUCCCUUGACGUCCAUAAAGACUUGUACCUCUGCAAAGUCGUCGACGGCGGCAUUUUUCAAGCGACGACUGGUGCCCAAUCAGCUCGACAGUGGCGCGUCGCAGUACCAGGAAUUCUUCAACUUUGACGGCUCGAAACGAUCGACGGCGGCCGUGCUUCGUGCUGAUGCCCGAGCGUUGGAGGAGGCCAAAGUGAUUGCAGCUGGUCAGAAGGCUGUUGCCCACUCGGAGCGACAACGUGCCGAGUCUCUACACAAAAAGUCAGCGGGGCGUCGCUGGUUCAACUUUGAGUCAGAGGAGAUGACAACUGAUGCACGUCGUGAUUUCGCUCUACUGCGGAUGCGAAACUAUCUGGACCCAAAGAAAUUCUACAAGAGCUCGGACCAUUCGCGUGCACUGCCCAAACAUUUCCAGAUGGGCGUCGUUAUUGAAGGUGCUCACGAGUUUCACUCGGCCCGCCUUACAAAGAAACAGCGCCGCAAAACAUUCACGGACGAGAUUAUGGCGGAUGAGGCUGUGGUGCAAUACACUCACCGCGUGGCUAGCAACAUCCAAGCAGCGCGCAGUAACCAAGGCCGAAAGAAGAGACGGCGUAACUAG